AAAAGGGGAAGGAACAUGGUUUCAUCAGACGCUCCUCCCGUUUCAGCGCGGCUGUAGCGGAUCUAUAGCACGAGCAGGAGGCUGGGUCUCGGUCCGGCUCAAACCUCACACGACCACCUUCCCCGUUUCCAACCAGCCUGCAGGAGCACUACCAGCACACCGGGACACAUAAAUGGUGGAGGCCGUAGUGGAGUUCGACUAUGAGGCUCAGCAGGACGAUGAGUUGAGCCUGACGGUGGGCGAGAUCAUCGUAAACAUACGGCGGGACGAUGGAGGCUGGUGGGAGGGGGAGCUGGGUGGACGCAGGGGCCUGUUCCCGGAUAACUUUGUCAGGGAGAUCAAGAAAGAUGGGAAGAGGGACGGAGGACAGACCAGCAUGAUCAGAUCAGAACUGUCCAAUGGGAGGUCCAGCCCUGUGUCGGAUCCCAGUGUACGACCGGGCAGGAGAGUAGAGCAAAUCCGUAAGCGGAGGUGUAAAGCGUCGUUCAGCUACGUGCCUCAGCAUGAAGACGAGCUAGGGUUGAAAAUAGGAGACAUCAUUGAGAUCAUAGCAGAGGUAGAGGAAGGCUGGUGGGAGGGAUUUCUAAAUGGGAAGUCCGGAAUGUUUCCCUCAAAUUUCACCAAAGUGAUCCCGACGGAUUCUGAAACUCAAUCUGUAGAAACCUCACAGGAGGAGCUGUGCAGCUCCCGCACCAGUAAGGACAGCCCAGGCAGUGAAAGUGAUGGAGGGGACAGUCGGUCAGAAACAGGGUCAGGAGAAAUCCAGCCUAAGAAGGUCCGUGGAUUUGGCUUUGGCGACAUCUUCAAAGAUCAACCUGUCAAGCUCAGACCACGCUCUAUGGAUGUGGACUCAGAGGUGGACAAGGCCAACGAGGGCAAAGCAGCAAGUGUUGCCUCGGAAACCAUGAAGACCGAACCUGAGGGCAAAGCCAAAGGGCGGGAGCUAUGUAAGGUGCUGUUUCCAUAUGAAGGACAAAAUGAAGAUGAGUUGUCGCUCAAAGAGGGGGAAAUCAUCAACAUUGUCACCAAGGAGUGUGCUGAUGCAGGCUGGUGGAAGGGGGAGAUCGGAGGACGGCAAGGUGUUUUCCCAGAUAACUUUGUCAAACUGCUAGAAGCGGAGAAAGAGAGACCAAAGAAACCACCUCCUCCCAGUGCUCCAUCAGCCAAACACACCACAGAUAGAAAGUCAGAGGUCAGGAAAGUUCCUCCUGAGCGACCUGAACAUCUACCGCAGAGGGACCAGGAUCGAGGUGAAGAGGUGAAGCUUGGAGACAUCCCCAAACCCGCCCUCCCAUCCCUUCUUCCCAAGAAACCCCUCCCCCCAAAGACAAGCACCUCCUCUUCCUCCCAACCCCCGCGGCGUCCAGAGAGACCGCCCAAUCUAGCGUGUGAAAGCCCCAAAUCUGAGGGAGAUUCUGCCACUGACAGGUCACAUGACACUGAUGUGGACCUGGAUGUAGUGGUGGCUUCAACAGAGAAGCUAAGUCAUCCGACAGCAUCGCGGCCUCGAGUCACAGACCGCCGGCCUCGCUCACAGAUCAUCUCAGCUUCUUCCAUGUCCAGUAUGGAUCUGGAACCCCCUGCAGUGGAGGAGAGGAAGGAAAGAGUGAAGGAGGAGCUGGAAUCUGUCCCCUCCAGACCUGUAGAGGUUUUCCUGAGAAAAGGAGUCCCAGCUGUCUCUGGACCUGACAGUAAAGCACCACAGCCCACCAGGCCCUCUGUCCUGAUCCCACCAAGCGCCAGCCAUCGCCCCACAUCCCCGUCUUCCUCCUUGGGUCUCAGCCCCUCCCCCGAGCUUCGGCAUUCACCUCUGACCCCCCCGACACUGGAGGAACUCAGGAACCAGCUGAGAGACCUGAGGGCCUCCGUAGAACUGCUCAAGAGCCAGCAUAGGCAGGAAAUGAAGCAAUUGACCAACGCGCUAGAUGAAGAGAAGAAGAUUCGUGUUAGUUUACAGGUGGAAGUAGAUCACAUAAAGAAGAGCCUGUCGAAAUGAAGAUUAAAGCAUCACCUUAUCACCACAUUGGAGGCCAACAUUUUUUAAACAUUCUCACUGUUGGCCGAGACACUUCAGGCAAAACAAAGUUUGUGCCAAAUGGUCAUCACGAUCAACAUCAGCAACUAUACAAACCAUGGAAUCAGCCACCUAGCCCCUACACCGCCUUAUCCUGUGUUUACUUCUUAAUUCUUCUUUUAAAGAGGCUUCUCUUGUUAAGUUUACUGCUAUCAUGUCAAAGCUUGCUGUGCCACAGGUACUGAAUGACUGUAUGUUGUCACGGUUACGGAAUUAUGACAAAGGGGCCCUGUCAGCCUCGCUGAUGCUUUUUGUUUUUUAUUGUGAAGGACAUUUGGAACUUGACCUUUGUAGCCAGGUUGGUUCAUACAACCUCUGUGCUCUGUGUCUACUCUGCGGCCUUCACUCCUAUACAUGUUUAUUUGGUGUGUGUGUGUGUGUGUGCGUGCGUGCGUGUUUGUUUACCAUCCAUGUAAGGACUGCAGUUUUAGACCUAAAAGAUUAUAGACUUUUUUUGUAAUGUGAGAUUGUUUUGGCCGGAUCAAGAUUUCUUUAAUGGCAAGAUUAUCGUUAAGAUUUGUGUUGAUCACAUAAUUAGAGUUACAUUGUUUGACACUGAGCUCGAUGUUUCUAUGGUACACUGCAGGCGGGGGAUUUUUGAAACAUCAGCCAUAAACAGCACUGGCAUUUGGAUAUAUUUCCCUUACCGUUCUCUUCUUAGUAUGAUUAUCGUUAAAAUUCUAGUUUAAUACUCCACCUGCUGGAAAGAUACAAUUAUAAGCACAUCCUGAUUCCUACCCACAAUCAAUCUAAUUAAGUAUAAUCAACAAGUACUGAUACUAUAGGUGCUAUAUAAAGGAAUAAUUUCACAAUUUGGGAAAAUGUGCUUAUUUGCUUUAUUGCUGGGAGAAGAAAAGCACAUCUCACUGCAUGAACACACCUAUGAUAUCAUAAUUAUCAUGUCAAGAUUGCCUUCUGGACCAAAACAUAUUAUUACCUUAUUUUGCUUUUGCACUUUUGCACCACAACUCCAGAAACCUCAAACCCCACCCCCUCCGCAGAAGAAAAAAAAAAAAUCUAAAACGUUUCUGGUGCUCUUUUGUCAAAUGAAGGGUAAAACACAGGGUUUGAGGAAUGUAGUAAGUGAAAGGACUUCACAGGUUAGAGAUGAACAUGUGAGUGUGCAUGUACAGUAUGUGUGAUAGCAUGUACGGCUGUUUGCCUCCCUUCCUUAUGCGUGCACAGAAUCUAUGGCAACCCGUCACUGUGGCCUUCCUGUUUUUGACUCCAAAUCUUUAUUUUUCUCUUUCUGUCUUUCUUUCUAUUCUUUUCUCCCUGUCUUUCUUUCUUUGUUUCUUAUGACAAUGAGAAAAACUGCUACAACUGAGUCUUCUAAUUGUUUUCUUGACUUGGUCCUUUCUCUCCAGGAUAGUGAUAAAUAUAUAUACUUUUAUAUUUCAGUGGAAUAAAGAUGCUAUUAUGUACUGUA